GACUCGUCAUGAUGGUGGACUGCAUCAAUAAUCCACUUUCAAAGGACAACGGAGUUUGACAUGGAAGUAUUUUCAUUAACUUACCUAUUAUUAUUAUUUGUUGCCAAGUCAUGCAUUAAUCAAACACCAUCACAUACUGAAGACCAGGAGGCAUAAAGGAUAUUUCCCAGCUUGGAAAACUGUUCUAUGGGAUAAUUUCUGGAAACAUGGCAAUGUCCCUAACGCAAGCCUGCCGGAGUCUUGCCUUCUCUACAUGGCUACUCUCCUUUUGCUUUGUGCAUUUGCUGUGUCUGGACUUCACAGUGGCAGAGAAAGAGGAAUGGUACACUGCUUUUGUCAACAUCACCUAUCUAGAUCCAGUGACAUCUGAAAUCAAGACAGAGAAGACAGAGUGUGGGAGAUAUGGGGAGCACUCUCCUAAAAGGGAUGCCAGGGGCUUUGUAUUUAUGCCUUCUUUUCUGCAGGACAGGCAGGCGUGUGACAGUAAUACUAAAUUCCCUCUUCCAAAUACCAGCAGCCCAUGGAUAGCACUGAUUGCCAAAGGGAACUGCACAUACAGAGAGAAAAUCAGGCAUGCUGCCAGUCUCAAUGCUACUGCUGUGGUCAUAUUCAACGUGGGCUCCAGCAACUCCAAUGAGACGAUAACGAUGCCACAUCAGGGUACCAGUGAUGUGGUUGCUAUCAUGAUUCCGGAGCCCAAAGGUCGUGAGAUUGUGGCCUUGUUGGAGAAGAACAUCACCGUGGCGAUGCACAUCACCAUCGGCACACGCAACCUGCAGAAAUAUGUCAGCCGCACCUCUGUGGUGUUCGUCUCCAUCUCCUUCAUCAUCCUCAUGAUCAUCUCUCUCGCCUGGCUCGUCUUCUACUAUAUCCAACGGUUCCGCUACGCCAACGCACGAGACCGCAACCAGAGGCGACUGGGGGACGCUGCAAAAAAGGCCAUAAGCAAGUUACAAGUACGAACUAUCCGGAAGGGUGACAAGGAAACUGAGUCAGACUUUGACAACUGCGCAGUGUGUAUCGAAGACUACAAACCUAAUGAUGUCAUCAGGACACUACCUUGUCGUCAUGUGUUCCAUAAGAACUGUGUGGACCCUUGGCUUCUGGAGCACAGAACCUGUCCCAUGUGUAAAAUGAACAUCCUCAAGGCCCUGGGCAUCCCGCCCAAUAAAUACUACUCUGAUGACAUCCCUCCUGAUUAUGAGAUGUCAAUUGGUGGCCCACCUACAAAUCCCAUGAUGGGGGCCAGUCAGGGCACGGUGGGCGAGAACUCUGUGGUCCUUGAUCCAGCUGUCAGAGAAAUGGGCGUAUCGCACAUUUACCACGACAUAGACUCCUUUCCGCAGGUCCAAGAGAGCCACCACAUCGCCAGCAGUGAGCACCAGCCCUCUUUAAGCAUCGAUUCAGACACCUCCCUUAUCAUGCCAGUGGAGCUGGUCCUCUCGGAUGUUGAACUUCAGUCUGAACCAGAACAUGAAGAUGUGAAGUACUGAGAGCAGAAUCUGCAGACUCAUCGUGCCAUAAAUGGGAAGAACUGCAGUAAAGCACAAAGACUAUAAGAAACAUAAAGCAAUAGCAGCACACCCGUGCAACCUCCUUUAUUGACCCCAGGUCUCAUCAGCCUUGAAAAUGAGUUCCACCUCCACAAAAACUGCAUGCUUCUGUUUCUCUGGAUGUAUCCAUGUCUUCUAUUCCAGAGCUUGUGUUACCAGACUGGAAAAGCCACAUGCUCCUACGAAGAUGUUUCCAUUCUUUCGUGGAAAUGUUGACUGUUUCACCUUCCCUAUGGGAUCACUGCCAAUAUACACCCAGAUAUUCCUAAUCAAAUACAUGUGUAUAAUGCAUAGGUGUAUGUGGCCAACUGCAUUUGCUUUGAGUGUCAAGAGCAGGUUGUUUUAUACUCUAACCAGCAUCGGUGGUCUUCCUAGUUCUUCAUACAGUCCAGUGUUGUCACGGAUAUACUGUAUCUUGUGAAGUAUCACCCGUGUUUGUCAUAUGCAGAACAGAUUCUUGCAUCAACAAGAUCUUUCCUAUGAAUUAGACGUCUGUUUCCAUGACAACUAGGAGUUAAGUUAGUUACAGUGUGUGGAUGUGUUUGAGCCUUUAUCACGUCCGAUAUCACUCGUUCUCGGAGAUGUUAAAUAAGAUGUUUGUGAAUCAAAAUGCCACAAAAACGACGUGACUUUAGGUGCUUUCCAUUCAUUUCCUCUUGAUGAUUUGUCAGCUCUGCUACUGAUGUGAACUUGCCAGCUUUUGGAUUGAAACAUACCCCCAAAACAUUUUAGUAUGUGGCCAUAUUUAGUAUCAACGUAGUCUGGCAUCAGUUUUUCAAAAUGUGCCCCUUUAGCUUUUUUUAAAGGAAUAGUUUACCCAAAAAUGAAAACAUUGUCAUUAUUAACUCACGCUCAGGUUGUUCCAAACCUGUACGAGUUUCUUUCUUCUGCAGAACACAAAAUGAGAUGUUUUAAACAAUAUCCAGGCAGUUGAUAUUGCCUCACUUUAAAGCUUUAAAAAAACUUAAAAGUAGCGAUGUCCCGAUACUGGUAUGGGAAUUGGCUCCAAUACCACACUCGUGUACGUGUACUCGUGCUCGUAAAAUGCUCUGAUACCAAAAAUCUAUACCAUCUGAUAAUUUAUAUAACAUUCAGUGUACAAAUCAAAAUCUUAGUGUGAUUAUUAAACCGCAAAGGCUGCGAUAUAAUGCGAUAAAUAUGUAGUUUGCAUGUGCUGCACGCUUUAAAUGUGAUUUGAUACAAAUAAUAUAAUAUUAUGUUAAAAUUAGUAGUUCUAUUUUCGUUUGGUUAAAGCCAUUUAUUUAGACACCAUUGUGACUAUAAAAUUCAAAUAAAUUGUUUAUAUGGAAUUCAGAAAAAAUCAUACCGGGAUCUGUAUCGGCGAGUACCAAAAAGGAAAUAUCGGCACUUGUACUCAAUCUAAAAGUAUCACAAAAGUCGUCCAUAUAAUACAUAUAAAAAUGUAUAUAUUAUUUCAGUGACAAUAUUGAUUGUGUGAAGCGUUCACUUGAUAACUUGCGUUGUUUUUAGCGCUAAACAAAAUUAAUUAACGUAAGCCACCGCGCACGAGCUUCACUCAUAUGUACAUGAAAGAGACGUAAAGAUUUUGCAUGCUUUUUUUAAGCUUCAAAGUGAUUCAGUUUCAACUGCAUUGUCUGUAAAAUGAUCUUUUGUGCUCCAUAAAGAAAGUCAAACAGUAUGGGUUCGAAUUAACAUGACGGCGAAUAAACGGUGACAAAAUUGUUAAUUAUGGGGUUAUCUAUUCCAUUCAAAGUGAUUCUAUAGAUUUUACUGUUUAAAUACCAGAGUUACAUUGACCAUUGGUAAGCCAUUUGAGGUUUCAAUGGCCGUAUAGAAGUUGAUUUUCUUUAUUUCUAUGGCAUAUAGACUGUCAGAUGAUGUAGACUUGGGCUUGUUCGCUUUACUCCUCGUCAAGGAACGUUAGUAAAAGUGUUUAGCUACUCUUUAAAUCGCCGAUGCUACAUUUUAGUUGUUGAGAAGGUUAGCAGACGGUCCGAAAGCUUGAAUAAUAGGCAUCUUUUUAAACAAAGAGCGUAACCGAUGGCACUUUGCUAUUUAUUCUGCACCGUAGGAAAGGAAAAGAAGGUGAAUUACAUAUUUUAAUAUCAAAAGGUUUAUUUUUCUAAAAAACAAAGACAAAAACAAAGGACAUUGCAGAAAUAGCGCUUAUUUAUAUAUUUAUGAUUUCUUAUUGUUUUCCUUUAUAUAUCCAAUUUUGAACAUAUUUAUCAUGUGUAUAGCCUGUUCAUGCGUAUGAUUUGAGAGAUCUCGCUGUUUACAGUGUGUCUGUAUCGCUGCCAAGUUGAAAUAUUUGUAUUAUUUCUAUCCCAGAGAUAUUGGGAUAUGAAUUCUCAGUAGCAGUUUAAAAUGAGGUUUUGUCUCCAGAUGCAUUUCUCCUGUUAAAAAGUGCUUGUACCCAGAAUGCACUACUCCAGUCAGAUGUGAAAAUGUAGAAAAGAACAAAACAAUGUUAUAUAUAUAUAAUUUUGUUGCACAAUAACCCUCCCUACAUUAUGAGCAUAAUAACCUCAAAGUCCUUUCACCCAUAUUUUCAGUGGGUUUCCACGUUGCCAAGCACUUUAUUUACAUACUUGGGAAUCAAGCGAGUAAGUCAGUUGAAUGUUUAUGCCAGUUUAUAAACUUUAAGAGGGCUAGAGAAUCAGACAUAGCACAGCAUGUUUGGUAGGGUCUACACUGCACUUUUAAUAACUGGUUUGGGAAUUGUCAUUUAAAAGGGUUGUAUCCAGCAGUGUUUUACAGUAUUGCUGUUUUUGUAAAUAUAUUUGGCCAUGUAGAUAUACGGUAGUUAUAAUACACAAUUGACUGUAUACGAGUACAUGAUUGUGAGGGACAAUAAACUUAUUGCAAUA